AUGCCGUUCAAUGGGUUUGCUUCAGCAUUUAUAGAGCUCAUCUGGGUCUUCUCAACCUACUUCUACAUCAUCACUAAUCAUACCCUCCGACGGCCCUUGCCCAUUUUCAAGAAGACGUUCAAACCUUCACGCAACGGCUCUUUGCUCUUCCACCUCGCCAUUCCCCUCUUCGAGGUCGUCCGAUACCAUGUACAGGCAGUCCAUGGGACAGUUCGCUCAGACUUUUUUGAUCUAUUACUCUGUCUGGCGCACUCUUUCACGUGCUACCGGCUUACAAAAACCCGCAAAUUUCCCCACCAACUCAUCAUGCGCCCAACUUUCCAAACUAUCAUCACGAUUCGGGUUCUCACCGCGGUGAUAGCCUUCACCAGUGCGAGUCCGUUCUGGCAUCGGGCGACGAUCCGGAUCCUGAACGCCUUUGUCUAUCCGAGACUUCUUGUCAAAUCUCUUGGCGUGCUCGGCAUAUUGCCUAACUACUCAUCGACAUAUACGGCAUCGACCUUCGUGGCUUGUAUUUUGGCUGUUCACGACACUGAGAUACUGUUUGGGCCUCAAAUCUUCAUGGUAAUGUUCGUGUGCAAUGCCACGCUGAAUCGUUGGGUCGCUGUGCAAAUUUCGCAAUCAGCUUCCAAAAGCCUGCGCUACGACGUGGCACAAGUACUUUCAUCUGCUGGUUUUGCCAACUUGAAAAUGGCGCAGCACGCAUAGCCGUGAUCUCUAUGUCCAGGUGAUAAUGCCGGUAGUGGAGCUUCCGCGCAAGGGAUGAAUUCCCCCAGUCUCGAAUGGCAUAGCCCUUGCCGCCACGUACAACCUGCCUUGCAUACUGUGGUUUGACGUGAAUCUAUAAAAUAUUAAAUACGCCGUAGGUGUUAACCCUCGGUACCUCUACAAGUACU